AUGUUAAUUUCAUCAAUACUUGGAUGGAGUUCCUUAUUUUUAAUCACAAACUAUUCUCUUUAUAAAUUCUAUUUUACUAAACCCAUAAAGGCUUUAACCUUAGCAUAAAUAGUUAAAAGAGACUUAUGGAAAUGGAAUUUUUUAAAAUGGAAAUCCUUUAUAAAUCGUUCCUCUUAUUAAAUAGAAUUAAAGUUUGGAUUAAAUCAUAAACCAAUAAGUGGGAAUUAUGUUUAAUAAGUCAAUUCAACAAUAGGAGAAAUACAAACAUUAUUUAUCAACAAUCAGAAUAAUUAUUAUCAUUUAACAAAUAUGAAUGUGAAAUAAAUUAUUGAUUUUCAAGCAGGAAUGAACUAAUUAUUUUAUUAUAAUUUUCAUUCUGAUUACUUUUUAUUGUCAAUUAAUCAUAAAGUUGAUGAUGAAAAUAAUACUUAUAAUAUUUUAGUGUAAAGUAAGGAAUUUACAAUUAAGGAAGAGGAAAGUAAUAUAGAGGAAUUGGCAGAAUAAUAUGUUUAUUUAAUUUUACAAAAUACUUCAGAGAUAGUAAGGAUAUGUUAAAAUUUUGGGAAUAAAACUAUGGAUAUUGAUUUUAUUGAUAGAAUAAUAGUGAAUACAAUACGAAAUCAAUAGAUUAUUGAAUAUAUAAAUUUAGAUAAAAAUUGGUUUAAUUAAAAUGAACAUUGUAAUUAAAUAAUCUAUAAUAGUAUUGGUGUGUGCUAUGAAGUUGGAUGAAUAAUACAAUUUAAUUAACAUAAAAAAAAUUAAUGACAAAGAAAUAGUAGAUCUCUAGGAAAUUUAUAGUACAGUAAUUAAUAGUUUAAAGAAUAAAACUAUUUUAUAUUUAAAUUGA